AUGAUGGUGAACAUGCACCGACAUCAGACAUCUUGGCACUCGCAGAGCCACGUCUGCCUCCAUCAUGCUUGGCGGCGCCCGGGGCAAAAAGGAUUUUGUGUCCAAAGUGAAGCGCAGAGCCUCGGACAGCUGGAUUGCUCCUGGAUGUGCUGCAAGGCAUCAUGGAAUCUGUGUGCCAUCCGCCUCUCGCAGUGGCCUGGCCUCUCCGAGAGCCAUCUAAGCAACCGCAUGGUGCUGCCGGCCGGAAGCGGUGGGCCAUGGGCCAAAGAGCCCGCGGGUUAUGCAACUCGGAGAAAAGUUGUGCAGUCGCUCGUUUUCCAUGCUGGACAUUGGUUAAUUUCUCCUCCCCCCGAGUUUCAAGGAAGGUUUGGGGCGCGGGCCAAGGGGGAUGGGAUGACAUGGCAUCUGAUCUGGGUUUGUGGGUGUUUUGACCCAGGUAGCUUUGGCAGUGGUUCUUACUUCCAAAGAGGCGAUGUAAGCUUUGCGAAGUCGGGCCCGGGAGCUUGCAGGUGCAGGUCAGGGUGUUGUUUGUGUGGCGCGCACGGCGAUUUUUGUAGCAUUGGCGUCCGUCAACUGGGUUUCCUGGAGAUUUGGCACGUGCCUUGA